AUGUCCCAAUCCUCGCACCGCUCGAAAGCGCCCAACCGGAGCGUGCACAGCAUACACAAUGGGAGCAGAAAAUCUCAGGACUCUUCUAGGGUGCGCAGAAAGUCUAUAGAUGCGAAUGAGGCUUAUCUCUAUGCUCUCCGUGUGGCAUACCUUUCCUACCUCUUGCAACCUCGCGUCACUCGAAAGAGGCAUGUGGAAACGAAGCCUCCCCUCCACCGUUCGACAACGUCUCACUCCUUUCACGAUCUCAUGAACGACUUCACCGUGGUGCGGGAUUCUAAGAGUACCAGGUUUCCUCAUGAUUUCAUAAAAGAGCUGGAGAAGAGGUUGAAAGGUAUUCUGAUAGGAACGGAGAGGCGACCAGAAUAUCACGAUGCAUUGGUCAAGCGAAUAUUUGCCAUAUUUCUUAACACACUGUCCGAUCCUGCCUUCAAGAAGCGCAUGGAGGCCGAUCGAAGAGCCGAGGAUUUGGUGCUGAUAUUCUUCUCGAAUGCCACCAAAGAGCUGCAAAAGGGGAAACCGCCCGGAGACGAUGGAGUCAAGCGCAUGGUGGAUCGUCAUGUCGCUCUGUUCGUUCGUCUCCUGACUCUCAUUCUGAAAGAUCGAGACUGGGCCAGAGACAAGCCCGAACUGGCAAGCCGUUUGAAUGCUCUGGAGUCGAAGCUGCUGAAGGGAGAUGACAACCUCGCCACUUCGCAAACCAACGGACAAAUGACUAUCGUGGAGGAAGUUGUUCCUUUAAGCUACGACGUCAAGGACAUGGCUUUGGUUCAGGUGGUGGGUCAGAUCUUUGGCUUGACCAACACCAUGAUGCAGUCCGACAUCGCCAAAAAUAAACCUUUCUGGACAGAGAAAGCAGCUCUCCAGGAUUUGAAAACAUACCAGCAGCACCUCAACCUGGGCACAAAUUUGACACUCAAUGCAAAUGAUUUCGAUACUCAGGAGGCCUACGAGGCAUGGAAGAAAAGUGAAGGACCAGAACUCUCGCAACUCAUGCUGGCUAUCAUGCAAGCCAAUCCGGAAUUGGCCAAGAGCACUCCUGGUGGCAAUCUCCCCCAAUUCAACCCUCAGGCCGUAGCUACUAGUCCUACAGACUCUCGUUACGCCGAGUUCUCUAGGGUUCUCUCGCAACCUGGGGACCCUUCUUCCUACGUCCUGGAUCUACCGGCAGAUCUAGGCUCCCUCGACUUGAAUGCGUCCGAACCAUCACAGCGCCCCCAAGACGCAUCGCAAGUUUAUACCUUUAUUCCCUCUGACCCUCGAGCUAUGUUUCGCUUCAUACUGCGCCAAGCUCUUUCUCAUGACCUCAAUGAUAAGACGAAUGAUGGAGGCCAGCCGUUUUCCAAGAAGACCACGGAACUGCUGAGUGAGAUUGCACUGCGAUGGCGUUUACCCAAGUUUACUCGAAUCGUUCUAUUCCUGGAUGUCGUUCGUGAAAAGGUUGUCGAGCAGGCCAUUGGUUUGGAGACGGUGGAUGCCGCCUUCAGCUACGUCAAGGAUCCUCCGCAGGAGGAUUCGAAGAACAAGAGAAGCUCCUUUAUCGUGAGUUCGGCUCUUUACGACAGAUACAACUGGACUAUCGCCGACUUUGCCUUGAUGGGAAAGAUACUCCACGCGCUGCAUGAGGCGCUACUCCGGGAUCUGUACGAAGUAAUCAUGACUGCUUACGCCGAUAAGGCGGAGCUGCAAAGAGUGGGAGCCAUCAUGGCCAUCGUAGAUGACCAUAUUCAGAAUGACCCCAACUUUACGCAAAACCGUGAGGAUUUGCAGAACUUCAAAAAUGCAGUCAUUGAUGGAUUGGCAAAUGAAGCUCGAAAGGUGUACGACAGCUUGCUGGAUCGUCAACUGCCCCAGCAGAAUGAGAAGUGGGAAUUCUACCACAUUCAAGAACUGGCCAAAGCUGUGCUAAAGCUUGCAGAGAGAGUGCAGAAGAGAUUCCGAAAGAAUCCGGAGAUCCUGGGCAUCAACCCGUUGAUGAUUCUGCUGAACUGUACUCUACCAGCAUUUGCUGAAGAUUCAAAGGCAAUGGUGGAACAGAUUCUGAAUGUUGCGCAGAGAGAGGGCUUCGAGGUAGCCAUCCAGGACGGAUUCGACCUGUAUAAGGAACUGAGCGAAUUUAGGCGAGUCCACACCGAAGCCUUGCCUCACGUGCCGUUUCCGUACAAGAUUGAAGAUUUACUGGCGGAUUUCGUCUGGCGAUGGAUCAAAAUCACCGAAGAACAAGUUAUUGGGUGGGUCGAGAAUGCUGUCAAGCAGGACCGAUUUGUUGUUAGAACCCAACAUCCAGGUCAAGUCCCGACUGAAGACGAACGUCACUCGACCUCUGUCAUCGACGUCUACAGCUCCUUUGGCCAAGUUAUAGACCAAGUCAGUCAGCUGAACUGGGAUGAUGAUCUCAGCUAUGCGAAAUUCAUGACAGCCCUUUCUAAAGCCCUGGGACUCGGCAUUGCAAGAUAUUGCGAGUUGCUGGAUCAGAUGUUCGGCAAAGAAAUGGACAGGCUGACUCCGGAACAAGAGGCAGCGGCUACAAUGACCAGGCAGGAGAAAUGGGUCCAACUGGCCAAAGAUACUUGGAACAACAAGGAGCGUGUCGAGCCGUUCCAAUUCUAUCCGGAGUCAUUUGUGAAACUCAACAACAUCUCCUUUGCCAUCCACCAGUGGGACAAGCUCGAGUCAGAUGUAAAUGUUGACGCUUGUGCUGAAGUGAUCAAGAAACAUACUCCACCGGUGGCUCACCGGCCACGAAAGACGUCGAAUUAUGUGUUCACGAUCAAGAUUGUCGAGGCGGAAGACCUGAAAGCGUGUGAUGUGAACGGGUUUAGCGAUCCAUAUGUGGUCUUGACCGACGAGUACCAGAAGCGCUUAUUCAAGAGCAGGAUAGUGUACCGAAAUCUCAAUCCGCGUUGGGACGAAUCCGUGGAUAUCACAACGCAAGGACCUCUCAAUCUCAUUGCCACCGUUUGGGAUUGGGAUGCGGUUGGCGAUCAUGACUAUGUCGGACGAACCUCGCUCAAACUGGACCCAUCCCAUUUCAGUGAUUUCUUACCGCGUGAAUACUGGCUCGACUUGGAUACACAAGGGCGAGUGAUGGUUCGAGUCAGCAUGGAAGGUGAGCGGGACGAUAUUCAGUUCUAUUUUGGAAAAGCCUUCAGAAAUCUGCAGCGUACCCAACGAGACAUGACUAGAAAGAUCACCGACAAACUGUCCGCCUACAUCAGCCAUUGCCUUUCACGACGAGCGUUGCGGUCUUUGCUCAAUCGCGGAAUAUCCAUCUCCAGUGUGUCGUCUUACUUUGCUCGGAACCGAGCAUCGGUAGUACCAACCACGGCUAUGCCGACAGACGCGGAAAUAGUCAAUGCACUAAAGCCCUUGUUUGACUACUUCGACGAUAAUUUUGCUAUCAUGCAACAGACGCUGACUUCGGAUGCAAUGAAAGCCGUCAUGACACGGAUCUGGAAAGAAGUCCUCGCAACUAUCGAGGGUCUUCUGGUCCCUCCUUUAUCCGACAAGCCAUCUCAACAGAAACCUUUGAACCAGCAAGAAUUAGACGUUGUCUUCAAAUGGCUACAGAGUUUGUUGGAAUUCUUCAACGCGGUAGACGAAGAUACCGGUGAAGCCAACGGCGUCCCCCUGCCGGUAUUGAAGAAUCCAAAAUAUCACGAACUGCAGAUGCUCAACUUCUUCUACUUCGAACCCACGGAAAGCCUGAUCCGCGAGUCGGAAAGGAUGGCCUCUGCAACAGUCGCCAGUCAACAAAUGCAGCGCUCUCGCCUUUCAGCCCCAGCCACUCUAGGUACCGUCGGCGGAGGUGGUCUGCUCAACCCUGGAAGUUUGGCAGGUGCCCGACGUGCUAAGAGCAUCAUGUUGAGCCGGAACCUAGGCACGAUGCGAAAAGCGAAAGAGGAGAAGUGGAAAGCCGCCCAAGCCGAUCCUAAUGAUGACAUGAUCCUGCGCAUCUUGAGAAUGAGGCCGGAAGCAGCGGGGUACUUGAGGGACCGAUCCAGACAGAAAGAACGUCUUGCUGCCGCUGCCGCUGCUGAGAUGAUUGUCAGACAGAGUCUUCUUGCUGGUGGAGGAAGGAUGACUGGACCAAGUGUGAUCAGAAGGUAG